CGUCCCUCCCGCUCCGGCGCUUGUUGCUCGCCGGGCCCGAGCGGGAGCUGCUGCCGCCGGGUAGCCAGGCUGCUUCUUUCUCCUCCUCUUCGCGCCCCACCUGCCCCGAGAGCCGAUUGAGGGAGGACAGCAACCCUAGCAGGCGCGAAGGGGUGCGGGGUGAACAGGCAUUGCCCCCCCACCUUCAAGUCUUGAAGCGCUACGUAGCCGGGGGUACAAGACAUGCCUUGCUUCCCCCUGUGCAGCCUUGCUGCCACCCGCUCAAGAAGAGAAGGGGCUGCGGAGCCCAAACCUGCAAACUCGCCCUAGAAGUCUCAGGGUGCAGCGGCACCCCCUCCCGGUUCCCCACGGCCUCCGCCUCUCGGCAGGUGGUCUCAGCCCCUGUCCGGGGACCUGUGCCAAUGACCCUAGUGGUGGUUUCGCUUUCUCCCCUCUCGGCGGUGUGAACGUGUUUCCGCAGCGUGAUGGGCAACCAGGUGGAGAAACUGACCCACCUAAAUUAUAAGGAAGUUCCCACAGCUGACCCGACGGGCAUGGACCGGGACGACGGGCCUCGCAUUGGGGUCUCCUACAUCUUUUCCAAUGAUGACGAGGACGUAGAGCCGCAGCCACCACCCCAGGGGCCGGAUGGCGGCGGCUUGCCCAAAGGUGAGGACGGGCCGCCACUGCCCCCGCCGCAGCCCUACGACCCUCGGCUGCACGAGGUGGAGUGCUCCGUGUUCUACCGCGACGAGUGCAUCUACCAGAAAAGCUUUGCGCCGGGCUCCGCGUCGCUGAGCACCUACACGCCCGAGAACCUGCUCAACAAGUGCAAGCCUGGCGACCUGGUGGAGUUCGUGUCGCAGGCGCAGUACCCCCACUGGGCUGUAUACGUGGGCAACUUCCAGGUGGUGCACUUGCACCGGCUGGAGGUGAGCAACAGCUUCCUGACGGACGCGAGCCAGGGCCGGCGCGGCCGCGUGGUGAACGAUCUGUACCGCUACAAGCCACUCAGCCCCAGCGCCGUGGUGCGCAACGCGCUGGCACACGUGGGCGCCAAGGAGCGCGAGCUGAGCUGGCGCAACUCCGAGAGCUUCGCCGCCUGGUGCCGCUACGGCAAGCGCGAGUUCAAGAUCGGCGGCGAGCUGCGCAUCGGCAAGCAGCCCUACCGGCUGCAGAUCCAGCUCUCUGCGCAGCGCAGCCACACGCUCGAGUUCCAGAGCCUGGAGGACCUGAUCAUGGAGAAGCGGCGCAACGACCAGAUAGGGCGGGCAGCCGUGCUGCAGGAGCUCGCUAUGCACCUGCACCCGGCCGAGCCGGAAGAGGGCGACAGCGACACUGCGCGGACUAAGCCGCCCCUCGAGCGCCCCCCUGAGCUUGGCUGGGAGGAGGAGAACCGUGAGGCGGUGGUGCACUGAUGGGCCAGCUGAGUGCAGAGCUGUGAGGGAGCUGCUGCCAGAAGCCGCUGCCUCCUCCCUCCACUCCUCCACCACCACCUCUGAGCCCCAUCUGGGCUCCUGGGCCAUUUGGAAAAUGGAGAGUUGGUGAAAUGCGCAGCCAGCUGUGGCUUGAGCUUGUUAUCUUGGACGGAGGAGGAAGAGGGAGCAGGUAGGAAGAACGCUUUGGUUGGGGGCACUGCCGGACCACUCUCUCAAUCUGUCUUCUUCCUGAGGUGAGAGAAACUGUGGACAUGCCUGACACUAAAUCCCUGCUGGACCUGGGUCCAAAAUCUACCCUUCCUAUGCAAGAAGGGGUGGAGAAAAGUUCGGAGUACCAACGCCUGCCAUUGCCUCCUCCCCGCUUCCCCCCUACCCUGGGCUUGGAAGUUGCCCUGGACUAAGGCCAGAGUGGUCUGUGGUCAGCAGAGAACCGCAUAUCGGCUACCCCUGUGGAGCUGUGUGUGGGAUCCAGGAGGCUGGGUGAUUUAUUUUAUGGGAUUCCUGGGAUGCAAGCCUGGAGAAACCAGGACCAGGUCUGGUAGCAGCAGACCAAAACAGAGCAGCCGCCUGUGAAGUGUAACAAAGAGUCCAGUAAACUUGGGCUGAAAAACAAAGAGUUUGCUACCUCCCUCCUCCCUGUCCCCAAGUAAUUUAUCUUCUGGAGCUGGCUGAGUCUCCUGCCGGCUCUCCUGCUCUACCAGCCACUUCCCAGGUUAUAAGUAAAUCAUUGUCAGGGGCCAGCUAGGGGAAGGAUUCAAUUAUGGUUCUGUUUGGCCGCCUUUGUUUCUUGCCUGCUAUUGUAGGCACUUACAGCUAUGUUAUUUGUUAUCAAAGGAGGGAAUAGCCUUUGUGUCUCUGAUCUAAUUAAACCUGUUUGGCUGUGUUCAUCCACAGGUCACACAUGGGAUGAGCUGGUGCCACCCCAUAAAGUAUCCACUACAGAAGCAGCCAAACAGGUUUGCCCUGUCAGGAAUUACUCAAUCACUCCCUCUUCUCCCUGAACCCCAUUCCUGAACAGUGAAGGUAACCUUUUUAAAAUGGAAGGCUUUGAUGGUCCUGUGAAUUUUAAUUUUCCCUCACUGCUCCAUCCCUCACACUUGUGCUCUGCUGCUGGUAAAAUCUUUGGCCUGAUGCAGUUCUCAACGAUAAGGUGUUUGUUUUGGUCGCCAUACUUGAGGCACACUUAAUUCAAGAUGCAAAGGCUUGUUAUAGUGCAGCAUUCUCCUUGGUGCUUGGAGAACUCUCCUUCAGAACGCUUUCUCAAGAGCUGACAGCAACCACAAACGCCACCUGGUAUAGUCAGUGCCAAAUCUGGUGACAGUCCUAAAGCACAGGUCAGCGAUUGUGGGAUCUGUUGGCAGCAGGCUGGCCAAUACGAUUUGGAUCUCCUGCUGAGCCACACUUGGCUUUACUCGGAAGCUUUACAUUCUUUUUUUUUCCCAACCUGCUCCUCGUGUUCCUGGGAGCUCUGGAAUGAUGUGUGCCCUGGAUCCAGACGCAUGUCUGCUGGGGCACCGCACUGGCAUUGCUAACGCUGUUUCAAAAGUUGAGUCAAGUUUUUCUUUUUCUUGGGAGUCAUUAGAGAUUACACAGAACAUACACUGAAUACGUCAUUUUUGUGACCUCAUUCUUCCAGUUGGAGUAGAAUCAUGAGUGUUCUACAGCCGUGGUCAUCCUCGGGCCUCCUGCCUGGAGAUCUCAAGGCAACAAGGUUUCCUUGUGUACUUUUUCCAAACUUGGCGGUUGAGGCCAUAAUUUGUAAGUCCUCAUAGCACCUCAACAUGACAUUCUUUCAUUACAAGGGCAUUAGCUAUGCUUCCUGUUUCUCCAAAUAGGUCCUAUCCUCUGUUAAAGAUGGACAGCCCUCAGCCCCAGUCUGCGGCGUCACAGACACACCAGUCUCCCACUGGAAAUGUCACUCUAGUAGCCGUGUCUAGUAAAUGUCAUCACUCUGUGUUUAUGUUCUCUUGCUCAUGGAGAAGUGGAGCGAGAGAAACGUGGGUGAAGGCAUUGAGGAGAGCUUACUCUGCCUAACAGAUCUGGAUUUUCUUCUUUUUUUAAUUCUCACUGGAGGAUAUUUUUUCAUUGAUUUUCAGAUAGAAUGGGAAGGA